CAGCGCACAUCUGCACUUCAGCGCAAGGCGUGGUCACAGUCAACAGGUGGGCCGGUGAAGCUGCCUCUUGUAACAGUUCAUCUAAGGAUAAUUUACCACAGACAACUGCAAAAAUGCCCAAGUGCCCCAAGUGCGCGAAGGAAGUUUACUUUGCUGAGAGGGUGACCUCACUGGGCAAGGACUGGCACAGACCCUGCCUGAAGUGCGAGAAAUGCAACAAGACGCUGUCAGCAGGGUCACACGCAGAGCAUGGUGGCAAGCCAUACUGUCACAAGCCCUGCUAUUCUGCAGAGUUUGGACCUAAAGGAUUCGGACGUGGUGGAACUGAGUGCCACACUUUCAAGUAGACUUACACAGGCCCCAAAAUAAUAUCCUGCCCGGAGACUUCAUUCAAGAAGCCAACAUCCCUACAACCAAAGACCAGCUACCAAACUGCAUACUUCUCCAGAGGCAUUUUUUUUUCCAAGUGCUUGUUUUGUUAGGGGGCAUAUCAGCAUCAAGACACACAGAUGGUUAUCAUGUAUUCCCACUAGUGAUUAAGCUCAUGGCCUCAUGUCUUUUCCUGCACUUAUAUGGACAUUCUG